AUGCUGAGACAGGGAAUUACUGGAUUGACUAGAGUCUCCAGAUUAUUGAGAGUUGGUGCUAACAGUAGGCCUGCAUUGUCCGGUGGCAUUAGAUUAUAUUCCAAAGCUGCGUCCAAUGCUGCGCUGAAGUUUGCAGACGAUGCUGCGCUAGAGACACAUACUGAUACUGAGGCAGCCGCAAGAGAACAGACUGUAACUAGAGCUGCGGCUACCUCUUCUCCAUCCGAGGUUAUUGGUUCCAGUACUUCAGCACUUCAGAAUGCAUAUGCUGAAAAUACCGGGUUUGGUACAAGACCUAUCUAUCUGGAUAUGCAGGCUACUACACCAACUGAUCCCAGAGUUCUAGAUACUAUGUUGAAAUUUUACACGGGUCUCUAUGGUAACCCACAUUCUAAUACCCAUGCAUACGGUUGGGAAACUAAUAAAGAAGUGGAAAAUGCAAGAAAGAAUGUGGCCAAUGUGAUUAACGCAGAUCCAAAAGAAAUCAUUUUUACUUCAGGUGCUACCGAAUCUAAUAACAUGGUUUUAAAAGGUGUACCAAGAUUUUACAAGAGAAGUAAGAAACAUAUCAUUACUACGAGAACGGAGCAUAAGUGUGUUUUGGAGGCAGCAAGAGCCAUGGUUAAUGAAGGGUUUGAUGUGACAUUUUUGAAUGUGGACAAUGAAGGGUUAGUAAAUUUGAAAGAGCUAGAAGAAGCUAUCCGUCCAGACACUUGUCUUGUGUCUGUGAUGGCUGUUAACAACGAGAUCGGUGUCAUGCAGCCUUUGAAAGAAAUUGGUAGCAUCUGUAAAAAGCACAAGGUUUACUUCCAUACCGAUGCCGCUCAGGCAUAUGGUAAAGUUCCCAUAGAUGUUAAUGAAAUGAAUAUCGAUUUACUAUCCGUCUCUUCGCACAAGAUUUAUGGUCCAAAGGGUGCAGGUGCAGUCUUCGUGAGAAGAAGACCAAGAGUUAGAUUAGACCCUAUCUUUUCUGGUGGUGGACAAGAAAGAGGUCUUAGGUCAGGAACUUUGCCUCCACCUUUGGUCGCAGGUUUUGGUGAAGCCGCCAGAUUAGUGGUUCAAGAAAAUGACGCUGAUAUCGCUCAUAUCAAGAGACUUUCAGAGAAAUUGACUAAGGGUCUUUUGUCAAUUCCUGACACUUCUUUGAAUGGUUCUGCAGAACACCGUUACCCAGGUUGUGUGAACGUGUCCUUCGCAUAUGUGGAAGGUGAGUCAUUGCUAAUGGCUAUGAGAGAUAUCGCAUUAUCAUCUGGUUCCGCUUGUACUUCUGCUUCGUUAGAACCAUCAUACGUUCUACAUGCUAUCGGUAAAGACGAUGCAUUGGCUCAUUCUUCCAUUAGAUUUGGUAUCGGUAGAUUUACCACUGAAGAAGAAGUCGAGUACGUGGUAGACGCCAUCAGUAAGCGUGUUAAGUUUUUGAGGGAACUAUCACCUCUAUGGGAGAUGGUUCAAGAAGGUAUCGAUUUGAACUCUAUCGAGUGGUCAGGCCACUGA